UUUAACCGGGAAAGCCACUCAAUAUCUAAUGGCAGGCGGUUUAACCUCCCACGUGUCACUUUUGUGUCUGGCACAGGUAUAGAUUUCGCAACCCGCAAGAUAGCAAACAUGUUGAAGCCUCAGAAGGUCAUCAAACAGGAAGGGGAUUUGUUUACUAUCAGGACGACCAGCACUUUUCGAAACUAUUUUGUCGAGUUCAAAAUUGGAGAGGAGUUUGAGGAAGAUAACAAAGGACUGGACAACCGAAAAUGCAGAAGCGUGGUGUCUUGGGAGAAUGAUAAACUUGUCUGCACCCAGAAUGGAGAAAAGAAAAACAGAGGGUGGUCGCAUUGGAUCGAAGGGGACGAACUGUAUUUGGAGCUCCGUUGCGAAGGGCAGACAAGCACACAGGUUUUCAAGCGAGGGUGACACUCAAAACCGGACUCUUCAAAAGAAGAGCUGCGCAUGGCACCUUCAAGGCAGCACGACGUCUUUUCACUGCAAGUCAACAACGUGGAAACUUCAGUAUUUUCUCCAUUUUCUCCUUCUCGGAAAUGCUCUUGAGGAUUCCUAGAGGAAAUAAAGGUGGCGGUUAUGAAGUUACUUCAUUAAACAUAUUGGCAACGCA